AAAUGAAAAUGCACGUAUUAUGAUAUGAUUGCGUCAAUUUUGAGAUGAGAGGCUGUGAUUCUGCGUUGGGAUGAAAUGAGCGUGAAAAAAGGAGAAUAAAGAUGAAAUUCCUGCUACUGGAGACAUGGUGCACGACAGGUGUUUGUGCAGAUAUGCAAGUGGCAUGAGAAAAUGCCGUGAAAUCUAGUAUUGUGUUUGAGCUGAUGAUAACGGUAGUUUGAUGGACUGCUUGUCCACCAUAAAGUAGAAUUGGUAGCUGUAGAUAAACAAGAAUAAACAACACAUCCAGAGCAUUGAUCAAGCCAGCAUGGCCUCAAACUUAAAACAAUCUAUUCCUGCUCUGAGCUUUUUGGAGGGAUCAAAGGGAAGUGUUCACGUCUGCGUCCAUGGGUUUUGAGGGUCAUGGACCAAUAAUUGGCAGUCGACUUAGAAACCCUUAAGAUUCUCUUCCUCACUACAACAUGCAUCCCACCACCAAGCAAAGGGGAGCUCCUCUGUUUCCAUGAACAAGUACUGGUCCCAAUAGUAGCCUUGUGUUGGAGUAGAUUGAUGGGCAAACCUCGAGCAAGAAGAGAGGACGCAGUAGGAUCUUUACAAUCAAGCGUAGAACCUCAAACUACUAGACUUUAACAGAGGAAGAAACUGAAGAGAAGACCAGCAAGUUCUCUAGGUAUAGCCAUAGGGGUAAGUGAGCAACCAUAUUAACUUCAAGAUUUAGGAGUGCAGCCCUUCUCAGAAUAAAUCUAGGAUCUCCUUUUUUGCUCUGAACCUACAAAAAAAUACAAAGAGAAAAACACAACAAAUACAUAUUUACGCUGAUCUGUCUAUAUGAUUAUAACCCUCUUGAUUGAAGCUCAUGGUACAAAACCACAAAUCAAAAGCAAUAUUUACACUCCCAAUCUAGAGCUCUUUAGGCUGGGAAGAUUCCCCCCUACUCAAAAGAGGCAGAGGGAAGCCUCCCAGAGGUAGGGAAUUCAGCGGCUCCGGAUGAAGAAGAAAGAAACAGGAGAAAUUUGAGAAAGACAAAGUUGGUUUACAUAGCUUACGUGUGAAUCUAAAUUUAAGUAGUUAUGGAUUUUAUAAAUUGAAAGGCAUAAUCUAAUUAACAAAUUUUUUUAUUGAUUUUUAACAUUUUGUUUACAUAUUUUUAAUUAUUUAUUCAAAUAUUGUAAAGUCGAGCUUUUUUUUAAAAGGUUAAUACAAUAUUGUUAAGUGGAAACUAUCUGUCUACCAAGUGGUAUCCUAUAAUAUAUUUCUGCUUUUUAAGCUAUAUUAUUAUUAUUAUUAUUAUUAUUAUUAUUAUUAUUAUUAUUAUAGCUUAUACUAUUUGAUUAUAAUUAUAACUAUUCUAAAAUUACAUUAUAAUUUUAUAUAAUUGUAAUUUAACAAUUGCUAUUUUAGAGCAGUUCAUGCACAGAGUGUUGGGUUAUAAGUUUGGCUCUCUUGUCUUUCAUUUUUAAUCAAUUUUUUAAAUUUAUUUGUUUACUUAUUUUUCAGAUCUCCCUCAAAAAAAAAAAAAAAACAUUGAUAUGAGAAGCCUAAAACGCAACUUCAAGAGCUUUACAGGUACAGCAACCAAAGGAAAAGCUGGAAAUAAGGACAGAUGUCUGAUGCAUGGUGAUGGGUUGUUAUUACAGACAAAACAAAUUCAUAUUCACACAAACAUGAUGUCUCCGAAAUCCAGGAACCAAACAAGUACCAAACCUCCCUAUAUACAUAAUGCUUCCUUGUUUUGAUUCCAUGCAAUGCAAAGCCAAGCGAGACCUGAACUACAUUUCACCAAAAUGGCUCCUCUCAAAGGUGUCUUUAUGGUCUUACUAGGCUUAAGCUUCACUUUUGAUCACAGGCUUCUUGCGGACGCCACUUCUGACUAUCAACUUCACCAUGAAAAAACUGAUGGUCUAAAAUUGGGAGAUGUUUCUGAGAAAGGUAUUGGAUUAGGUACUGGAAUCAGCACUGGUUCUAGUGGGACUGGAUUCGGUUAUGGGCAUGGUGGUGAUCAAGUUUUUGGCAUUGAUGUUGGAUUUCGGCCAGGCUCAAAUGGAGGCUCGGGUAGUGGCGUUGGUAUUGGGUACGGGUUUGCUGGAUCUUCUAAGUAUAGCUCAGAUGCAAGUGCCAAAUUUUCAAGCGGAGGUGGAGGCGGCGGUGGGGGUGGAAGUAGUGGUUCUAAUACAGUAAUACCCAGUCCAAGUAGCGGUGGUGGAGGCGGUGGAGGUGGAGGAAGCGGAGGUGGAAGUGGUAGUUAUAAUGUACCAGUGACACCAGGUAUUGGAGGAGCAGGUGGAGGCGGAGGAGGAGGUGGAGGAAGCGGGGAUGGAAGUGGCAGUUAUAAUGUACCAUUGAUGCCUGGUACUGGAGGAGGCGGAGGUGGAGGCGGUGGAGGAACUGGGAGUGGCACUGGUAGUUAUAAUAUGCCAGUAACACCUGGGUUUGGAGGCGGUGGAGGAGGAGGUGGAGGUGGAAGAGGUAGUUAUAAUGUGCCAGCGACACCUGGUGGAGUAAGUGGGGGAGGUGGUGGAGGUGGGGGAGGAAGCGGUAGUUAUAAUGUACCUAUAUCACCUGGUCCAAUUGGCAGUGGAGGCGGCGGAGGAGGUGGAGGUGGAAGUGGUGGUUAUAAUAUCCCAUUGCCACCUAAUCCAAGUGUAGGUGGAGGUGGAGGCGGAGGCGGAGGAGGCAAUGGAGGUGGAACUGGUGGUUUUAAUUACCCAUAUGUACCUAGUCCAAGUGGAGGGGGAGGCGGAGGAGGAGGAGGUGGAGGCAAUGGAGUUGGAAGUGGUGGUUUUAAUUACCCAUUUGUACCUAGUCCAAGUGGAGGCGGAGGAGGUGGAGGUGGAGGCAAUGGUGCUGGAAAUGGUGGUUAUAAUUACCCAUAUGUACCUAGUCCAAGUGGUGGUGGAGGUGGCGGAGGCUGGGGUGGAACUUACCCAUCUCCAGGUGGAUGGGGAGGUAGAGUUGGAGGAGGAGGAGGAGGAGGAGGAGGUGGCGGCGGCGGCGGUGGAGGUGGUGGGAAUGCAGGUUACGGCUAUAUACCAGGAGUGCCAAUGCUUCCGCCAUACGGGGGCUGCGGUUGUCCCCCACAAUGUCUCCCAGGCGGUUGGAAACCGAUGCAUCAUCAUCAUUGGAUGAAGCACCAAAAUAGUCAUUAAAAUGGGCCCCACGAGUUAGGACCUCCAUUUAUUUAUCUUACCGCAACCAUAACUGAGCAUAAUAUAGUUUGUUGUUUCCGAUGCACAACUUCAAUAGAAGUUCUAAGAAUAAGCUCAAUUUAUUUCAGAUGUUUCUCAUCAAAAAAAAAAAAAAAAGAAAGAAAAGAAAAGAGCUUUACACAGAGGGAAAAAUAAAAGCUAAAAUUUCAUUUAAUAUGAGUUUCAUUU